AUGUACACGAUUGAUUUGAGCGGCCAGGUCGCCCUGGUGACGGGUUCGUCCCGGGGCAUCGGCGCGGUGAUUGCUUCCAGGCUCGCAGCAGCCGGCGCAUCCGUCGCCAUCAACUACCGGAGCAACGCCGCCGCCGCCGAUGCCGUGAUCGAUGAGAUUCGCGCUGCCGGCGGUGAGGCCCUUCGCGUCCCCGGUGACGUUUCCGAUGAAAACGCCGCCGAGGCCGUCGUGAAAACCACCGCCGAUCGUUUGGGCCGCCUCGACAUCCUGGUGAACAACGCCGGCGUCAAUCGCGAUCGGCUGAUGUUGCGCAUGACCGCCGCCGAUUGGGACGAGGUCAUCACGGUGAAUCUUCGCGGCACGUUCCUGGCCACGCGUUUCGCCAUCCCGCUCAUGCUUCGCCAACGGUACGGGCGUAUCGUAAACAUCUCCUCAGUCGUGGGGCUCACCGGCAACCCGGGGCAGGCCAACUACGCCGCUUCCAAAGCCGGACAAAUCGGAUUUACGAAAGCCAUGGCGCGUGAAGUGGCCAGCCGCAGCAUUACGGUGAACGCGGUCGCGCCGGGUUUCAUCGAAGUCGGAGAGGAGGGCGGCAUGACCGCCGGCAUGACGGAUGACCAGCGCGGCCAGGUGCUUUCCCGUAUCCCGGCCGGUCACUUCGGAACCGCCGAGGAUGUCGCCUCUGCCGUUCUUUACCUGACCAGCGCCGGCGCGAGCUACGUCAACGGCCAGACGCUGACCAUCGACGGCGGACUGACCGCCUGA